AUGCAAAUAGUGAUCGCCACCUGUUCCUUUCUGUGCCUUUUACAAUUGAGCUUUAGUGCCACCAGAAAAUACUACUUGGCUGCAGUAGAACUGUCCUGGGAUUAUGUGCACAGUGACCUGCUUGCUGAGCUGCAUGUGGACACAAGAUUUCCUCCUCCUAGAAUGCCGAGAUCUUUUCCAUUCAACAAGUCAGUCAUCUACAAAAAGACUGUGUUUGUAGAGUUCACAGAUCAGCAUUUCAAUGUCGCCAAGCCCAGGACACCCUGGAUGGGUCUGCUGGGUCCCACCAUUCAGGCUGAGGUUCAUGACACAGUGGUCAUUAUACUCAAGAACAUGGCUUCUCAUCCUGUUAGUCUUCAUGCUGUUGGUGUGUCUUACUGGAAAGUUUCGGAGGGCGCCGAAUACAAUGAUCAGACCAGUGAAAGGGAGAAAGAAGAUGAUAAAAUCUUUCCUGGUGGGAGUCAUACCUAUGUGUGGCAGAUCCUGAAAGAGAAUGGUCCAAUGACCUCUGACCCACCAUGUCUCACCUACUCGUAUCUUUCUCAUGUGGACUUAGUGAAAGACCUGAAUUCAGGUCUGAUUGGAGCCCUGUUAGUAUGUAGAGAAGGGACUCUGGCCAAGGAAAGGAGUCAGACCUUGCACGAAUUUGUACUGCUUUUUGCUGUAUUUGAUGAAGGGCAAAGUUGGCACUCAGGAACUCUGCCUGCGAAGUCUGCAACUGCUGAGGCGUGGCCCAAGAUGCACACGGUCAACGGCUAUGUCAACAGGUCUUUGCCCGGUCUGAUUGGAUGCCACAGGAAACAAGUCUAUUGGCAUGUGAUUGGAAUGGGCACUACUCCUGAAGUGCAUUCAGUAUUCCUCGAAGGUCAUACAUUUCUUGUGAGGAAUCAUCGCCAGGCCUCCUUGGAGAUCUCACCGAUAACCUUCCUCACUGCUCAGACACUCCUAAUGGAUCUUGGACAGUUUUUACUUUUUUGUCAUAUCUCUUCACACCAACAUGAUGGCAUGGAAGCUUAUGUCAAAGUUGACACUUGUCCAGAGGAACCCCAACUGCAGAUGAAAAGUCACAAGGAAGAGGAGGAUUAUAACAGCAAGGAUUCUGAAAUGCACGUGUUCACGUUUGAUGAUGACAACUCUGCUUCCUUUAUCCAAAUCCGCUCAUUUGCCAAGAAGCAUCCAAAAACUUGGAUACAUUACAUUGCUGCUGAAGAGGUGGACUGGGACUAUGCUCCUUCAGUUCCUACACCUGAUGACAAAAGUUAUCAAAGUGAGUAUUUGAACAAUGGUCCUCAACAGAUUGGUAGGAAAUACAAAAAAGUCCGAUUUAUGCCGUAUACAGAUGAAACAUUCAAGACUCAUGAAACUGUGCAAUAUGAAUCAGGAAUCUUGGGACCUUUACUUUAUGGGGAAGUUGGAGACACACUGUUGAUUAUAUUUAAGAAUCAAGCAACUCGACCAUAUAACAUCUACCCUCAUGGGAUCACUGAUGUGAGUCCUUUGCACUCAGGGAAAUUGCCAAAAGGCAUAAAACAUUUGAAGGAUUUGCCAAUUCUGCCAGGAGAAAUAUUCAAGUAUAAAUGGAAAGUGACCAUAGAAGAUGGACCAACUAAAUCAGAUCCUCGGUGCCUGACAAGAUAUUAUUCUAGUUUCAUCAAUCCAGACAGAGAUCUAGCCUCAGGACUCAUUGGUCCUCUCCUCAUAUGCUACAAAGAAUCUGUAGAUCAGCGAGGAAAUCAGAUGAUGUCAGACAAGAGAAAUGUCAUCCUGUUUUCUGUAUUUGAUGAGAAUCAGAGUUGGUACUUCACAGAGAAUAUGCAACGCUUUCUCCCUGAGGCACGUGGAGGGCAACCACAAGAUCCAGAGUUCCAAGCCUCCAACAUUAUGCACAGCAUCAAUGGCUAUGUCUUUGCCAGUCUACAGUUGUCAGUUUGCUUGCACGAGGUGGCAUACUGGUACAUUCUAAGUGUAGGAGCACAGACUGACUUCCUAUCUAUAUUCUUCUCUGGAUAUACAUUCAAACACAAGAUGGUCUAUGAAGAUACGCUUACCCUAUUCCCAUUCUCAGGAGAAACUGUUUUCAUGUCAAUGGAAAACCCAGGUCUGUGGGUUAUAGGGUGCCACAACUCCGACUUUCGGAAUAGAGGCAUGACAGCCUUACUAAGGGUUUAUAGUUGUGACAGCAACACUGGUGAUUAUGACGAGGACGAAGAUACUGAAACACACUUCAUAGAGGAAUACAAUGGCAUUGAACCCAGAAGCUUCUCCCAGAAUUCAAGGCGUCCUGGAACCAAGCAAAAGCAAUUCACAGCCACCACAAAUCCACAAAAAGAUGUAGAUAAUAUUGACUAUCCAUCUGAACAGAAAACACAGAUGGCUAAAGUGCAAAAUGUCUCCUCCAGUGAUCUGUUGAUGCUCUUGGGACAAAGUUCAACCCCACAUGGAUUAUCCUUAGCAGAAGACCAAGAAUCCAUAUAUGAGGCUGUUCCUGAUGCUCAUUCACUUGGAGUGUUAGAUAAUGAUGAAAAGCCAUAUAAAGAGUUCUAUCUCAGGCCAGAACUCCAUCCCAGUGGGGGCCCAGCAUUUACACCUGGAACAGGACUCCAGUUAAGACUACAUGAGAAUUUGGAGACAACCACACUAGUAGAAUUUAAUGAGCUUCAUCUAAAAGCUUCUAGCUCGUCACAUACUGUAAUGACUCCACCAACAAUUACAUCAGAUGACUUAGCAGGAAAUAAAAAGACAGGUUCCUUAGAACCCCCAAAUAUGCCAGUUGCUUUUGGUAAUCAUUUGGGCAACAGUGUAUCUGAUAAAAAAUCACCCAUCCUUAUUAAGCCUAGUAUGCCUUUGAAUUUGAAAAAUAGAAAUGAUUCCAUGGUUUUAGAGGUAGACUUAAUGAAUAAUCAAGAAACUUCACUGGGAAAAAAUGCAUCAUCAAUAGAGAACAAGAAGUUAUUUAAAGGGAAAAAAGCUCAUGAAUCUGCUUCACUGGUCAGUGAUAACACUUCCUUCAAGAUUCAUACCACUUUGUUUAAAAAAACUGAAUCAUCUAACAACUCCACAACUAAUGGAGAGACUCACAUUGAUAGCCCAGAAUUACUGAUUGAGAAUAGCACAUCAGUCCAGCAAAACAUUAUACUAAAAAAUGACACUGAGUUUCAAAAAGUGACAUCUUUGAUUUAUGGUGAUAUAUUUGUGGAUAAAAAUGCUACAGCUUUAAGACUAAAUCAUAUGUUAAAUAAAAUUACUUCAUCAAAAAAUGCUGAAAUGGUUCACCAAAAAUACACAAUGAAUGACACUAAGAAUUUUUUUAAAAACCUUCUCUUACUGAGCAUUAGCCAAAAAUUAGGCCUAGAUGAUACCAGAUCAUUAAAUGAUUCAACACAUGAAGCAGAAAUUCAGAUCACCCGUUUUUCAAAAAGAAAGGAAGAAGAGGAAACCUACUUAAAAGGCUUGGGAAGUCAAACCAGGCAAAUGGUAGAUCAAUAUGUCAACAGCCUAAGAAUGUUUCCUAAUCUAAGUCUACAGAAUUCUAUUGCUGAACAUGGUAAACAGACAUUGAAACAAUUUGGACUUUCACUAGAAGAAACAAAACUUCAAAAUGGAAUAAUUGUGGAGGACACCUCAACCCGACAGUCUGAGAACACGAAAUAUUUCACCCAAAUGGACUGCUGUGAAGAGGAGAAAAGGGUUGGUAUUCAGUCUCCCUUAUCAGAUGGUCCAAUGAAGUGUCAUAACAUCCAAAGAAGUGAUUCUGGAUUACUAUUAAAGGUGAUUUGGCUUCCUGGGACAAGUGCCACAAACUCAGCCAUGUACAAGAAGUUUGAUAAUACAGUGCCCUUGCAGCCAGGCUUACCCGAGUUAGCAAUAUCGAGUUGGUUUUUUAAAGUUCCUAUUCAUCAGAAGGAACUUUUCCCUAAAGUAACUAGCAGUGGAUCUCCUGGUCACCUAUAUCAUGUGGAACAGAUCAUUCAGAAAACAAAGGGAGUUGUUAAGUGGAAAGACAGAGCUGGAAAAGUGCUCUUUCUGAAUGAGAGGGAAACAUCUGAAAAGACAUACUCCAAGCUGCUGAUCCCUCUUGAUUGGGACAGCCAAUAUGUUACUCGGAAAACAAAAUAAGGCUGGAAAUCCCCCAGAGAAGUCGCCAAAGACACAGGUUUUCAGACAAAGGACAAUAAUAAUUAUGCAAUAGCAACAAUAAAUGAGGGACAAGAUAGGCCCCUAAAAGAAGCCAGUUGGGCGAAGCAAAAAAAAAAAAAAAAAAACCUCUGGAGAUUAUGCUCUCAAACUCUACCAAAAAGUGAAAUAAUCUUUAUUAUUUUACAGUCCCAGCAAGAAGAAAUUGACUAUGAUGAUACUAUCUCAUCUGAAAUGAAGAGGGAAGAUUUUUACAUUUAUGGUGAGGAUGAAAAGCUGGGUCCCCGCAGCUUUGAAAAGAGAACGCGACACUAUUUUAUCGCUGCAGUGGAACGGCUUUGGGACUAUGGAAUGGGUACAUCCCCUCAUGCUGUAAGAAACAGUGUUCAGGGGGGCAGUGCCCUUCAGUUCAAGAAGGUAGUUUUCCAGGAAUUUACCGAUGGUUCCUUCACUCAGUCCUUAUAUCGUGGAGAAUUAAAUGAACACUUAGGAAUCUUGGGACCAUAUAUAAGAGCAGAAGUUGAAGACAAUAUUGUGGUCACUUUCAAAAAUCAGGCCUCUCGUCCCUACUCCUUUUACUCUAGCCUGAUUUCCUAUAAGGAAGAUAAAAGGCAAGGAGCUGAGCCUAGGAAAAACUUUGUUAAGCCUAAUGAAACCAAAACUUACUUUUGGGAAGUGCAACAUCACAUGGCACCCACUAAUGAUGAAUUUGACUGCAAGGCCUGGGCUUAUUUCUCUGAUGUUGAUCUGGAAAAAGAUAUGCACUCGGGUUUGAUUGGACCCCUUCUCAUCUGCCGCGCUAACACACUGAAUCCUGCUCAUGGAAGACAGGUGACAGUGCAGGAAUUUGCUCUGUUUUUCACUAUCUUUGAUGAGACCAAGAGCUGGUACUUCAUUGAAAACAUGGAAAGGAACUGCAGGACCCCCUGUAACAACCAGAUAGAAGAUCCUAUUUUUAAAGAGAAUUUUCGUUUCCAUGCAAUCAAUGGCUAUGUGAUGGAUACACUACCUGGUUUAGUGAUGGCUCAGGAUCAAAGGAUCCGGUGGUAUCUACUCAGCAUGGGCAGCAAUGAAAACAUCCAUUCUAUUCAUUUUAGUGGGCAUGUGUUCACUGUCCGGAAAAAGGAAGAAUAUAAAAUGGCAGUUUACAACCUUUAUCCAGGUGCUUUUGAGACAGUGGAAAUGCUACCAUCCAAAGCUGGAAUCUGGCGCGUCGAAUGCCUUAUUGGGGAGCACCUGCGAGCCGGAAUGAGCACUCUCUUCCUGGUGUACAACAAGAAUUGUCAGAUUCCUCUGGGGAUGGCUUCUGGACAUAUUCAAGAUUUUCAGAUUACGGCUUCAGGACAAUACGGACAGUGGGCCCCAAAGCUGGCCAGACUUCAUUAUUCCGGAUCAGUCAAUGCCUGGAGCACCAAAGAGCCUUUUUCCUGGAUCAAGGUGGAUCUAUUGACACCAAUGAUUAUUCAUGGCAUCAAGACCCAGGGUGCUCGUCAGAAGUUGUCCAGUCUUUACAUCUCUCAAUUUAUCAUCAUGUAUAGUCUUGAUGGGAAGAAGUGGCAGACUUAUCGAGGGAAUUCUACUGGGACAUUAAUGGUCUUCUUUGGCAAUGUGGAUUCAUCUGGGAUAAAACACAAUACUUUUAAUCCUCCAAUUAUUGCUCAGUAUAUUCGUUUACACCCAACUCAUUAUAGCAUCCGCAGUACUCUUCGCAUGGAGUUGAUAGGCUGUGAUUUAAAUAGUUGCAGCAUGCCAUUGGGAAUGGAAAGUAAAGUAAUAUCAGACUCACAAAUUACUGCCUCAUCCUACUUCAGCAGGAUGUUUGCAGCCUGGUAUCCUUCAAAAGCCCGGCUUAAUCUCCAGGGCAAGAUUAAUGCCUGGAGACCGCAGGUGAAUAAUCCACGAGAAUGGCUACAAGUAGACUUCCGGAAGACUAUGAAAGUCACAGGAAUCGUCACCCAGGGAGUUAAAUCUCUCCUUACCAGCAUGUAUGUGAAAGAGUUCCUCAUCUCCAGCAGUCAAGAUGGCCAUAACUGGAGCUUCUUUUUUCAGCAUGGCAAAUUAAAGGUUUUUAAGGGAAAUCAAGACUCCUUCCUGCCUGUGAUGAACUCUCUAGACCCACCUCUGCUGGCCCGUUACCUUAAAAUUCACCCCAAGAGCUGGGUCCACCACAUUGCUCUGAGACUGGAGAUUAUUGGCUGUGAAGCACAGCAACUCUGAGGCACUUAGCUCUACUUUGCUGCUCCUCCACAGAUCCACAUUGUUCCCAAACUCCAGGCCCAGUGUCCUUCUCAGGCUUGCCUUGUAGCUUUUGUACUUGGCUUUUGGGUACUUACCUCUCCACACUGCCCAUGGCAUCAUCCUUUCCCAUUGUCUAAGCUGCCCAACCCUAGCAGACAUUGCCUGAAAUCACUUAAAGUAGUUUCCUGGGGGUGUUGCAUGCAGCUGAACUCUUACA